AUGGACGCUACAGAAAAUGGAUGGAUAGUUAAAGGAAAUGGUGGGGAAUUUCGAAGUAAACAUGGGAAAUCUUCAGAAUCCACAAUCAUUACAUUGCUUCCUGGAAGCAGAUUACAGGAGGUGGAGCGAAUGAUUCCCACUUUCUCAGACACUAUGGAACUAUUGAAAGACUCAUUUUCCGAGUUUACAACGGUAGUUCAUGUGGCACCUAAUCGGCACGUGGAAGAAUAUGUCAGCAAAGCUGUUUGUGAGUGGCCUGUAUCUGUAGUAUUGAUUCCUGGAGGAUCUCCACAGCUGAAGUAUGAUGCACAUAGUGUAAGGCCGCAUUCUCAUUUUUUCAUGGCUAAUGUACCACUAUUGGGGGCACUUUGUGACAAAUUAGCCUGA